CGCGGAAUUAGAGCCAUGCGCAUGACAAAUGCUUUCGUUUUGGAAUUUGUAGCAACUUCGAAGUAGUUAAUAGACUUAUAAAGAUUGAUGAUUAGCUGAGAGUACAAGAUGCCUGGAGAACCGAAGAACAAGAUGAUCUACCAUCGUCUCCACUCGACAACGGCUCACAACUGGGAGGAGGAGAAAAACAAAUACAAGGACAUCAAGGAUGACGGUACUAUGACAUUCUUCUGGAAAGCCCAUACAUUGACAGUCCUGUUGAUAUUCAGCUGUAUUCUAGUGUAUGUGGCAGUGUUUGAGGAGCAGUCAACUGAUCAUGAUUACAAUGUAAAAAGAGGUGUAACUGCAAUGGCAUUGGCCUUUCUCCUAUUUGGAGUAACACAGACCCCUGAUGGUGUGUUUAGAAGACCUCAUCCUGCAUUUUGGAGACUUAUUUUGUGUCUUAGUUAUCUGUAUGAAUUAGCGCUGGUAUACCUACUUUUUCAAACAGCUAAUGAUGCACGUCUGAUGAUGCAACACAUAGAUAAGAACCUUGGUAAGCCACUGCCAGAGAAAAGUUACGGAGGGAACUGUCUGGUAUAUGAUCCGUCUAAUGAAGAUCCAUGGCAUAAUUUUAAGGAUAAAAUGGAUGGAUUUGUUCCGACACAUUUCUUUGGUUGGUGGCUGAAGACGUUGAUUAUUCGUGACUGGUGGUUCUGUAUGGUGAUCAGUCUGAUGUUUGAGGUGAUGGAGUAUACAUUAGAACAUCAGCUGCCGAACUUCAGCGAGUGCUGGUGGGAUCAUUGGAUUAUGGAUGCCAUAGUAUGUAAUGGUCUAGGAAUUUACCUAGGGAUGAAAACGCUCAAGUAUUUAUCUAUGAAGCCUUACCAUUGGAGAGGAAUGUGGAACAUUCCAACUUACAGGGGUAAGAUGAAGCGUGUUGCCUUACAGUUUACACCAUACAGUUGGACAGAUUUCAACUGGAAACCCACAUCUAGCCUUAUAAGAUGGUUUGCAACCUUGGGAAUUUUUGUUAUUUUUCUACUAGCAGAGCUAAACACAUUUUACCUGAAGUUUGUGCUGUGGAUCCCUCCUGAACAUUAUCUCAACCUUACCCGCCUUGUCUUCAUUUUAUUUAUGGGUGCAGCUGCACUAAGAGAAACGUUCCAAUACCUGGAUGAUCCAGAACCAAACAAGUUUGGUAGACAGUCAUGGAUGAUGUUAGCCAUUGUGAUCACAGAACUGCUUGUAACUGUCAAGUUUGAUUAUGACACCAUCACUAAACCUCUUCCUAAACCUAUAGCUUAUUUCUGGAUCUUAGGAUUCUUAGGUCUUGUAGGUUAUACAGUGUGGAAGUUUUACAUCAAGCGAGAUGUGAAAAAUGAUGUUGCCUUAAAACCAAAACACAGGGGCUCUGGUGAUUCUAUUGAUGAGAAGGACGAGUUACCACAAAAAUACAAUCUCCGCAACACGAAAUACAAUGAUAAUAACAACGGCAUCCAUCAUCGCUCAAAAACAAAAAAUGGAUCUGCUGGAUUUUAGACUACUUUUAGGCUUCAAACAUUAUUAAAGUUAAAUGAUAAUGUUAGUCAGAACUGCUUCAUUCCAUAGUUACUGGUAUAAAAUAUUUGAUAUUUUAGUGUUUAGUGUGUGAAUAUUUUGGUUCUAAUAAUUGAUUUGGGUUAAGUUUUAAUUGUUCAGGAUGUUAUGUUUAUGUAAACAUCUUUUCAUGUCCAGCUGUAAUACCAUUAUCUUAUUUAUUUUCUUUAAAGUCCCUUUUGUUGUUGAUGUUGUUUUUUUUUUUGUGUGUGUGUGUGUGUUUUUUUUUGUAAAUAUUUGCCAAAGUAUGUUUUACAUUAUUACUAUCUUUUUUAAAAUACCUGGUUUGUUAGAUUUUGAUAUUUUAUUGUUGUUAAAAUAGAGAAUGAAAAUAAAAAUGCAUUUAUUUUAGUCUGCUUUUAAGAUAUUUGCGGUCAUUAAUGGCGUAUUUUGCAACAUUAGAGAUGUUGUAAUACAUUGUUACUAUGGAAGUUGGAACUAUUAGAGUGUAAAUAAAUAAGAAAUCGAUUCACUUUUACCUUGAAAGUCGGUGUAUAAUUAAGAAAUAAUUUAUAGCAAAAGAGUGUUUUAACACUAUUUAUGCACGAUGGGUGGUUAUACGUUGUACGUAGGGCGUAAUAAUUUCAUGAGGACGUAUUACCGCCUGAGUGUAUAAAUAGUGUUAAAGCACGGUUUUGCUAUAAAUUAUUUCGAUUCUUAUAUGCCCUUAAUCUAAAACAGUAGAAAAUAUAUUGGUCACAACAAAAACUUUGACAUCACUACUGCACGUUAAUGUGACGUCAUUCUAGCGUAAGAGUGUUUUAACAGAGACAUACAUAUUAGAAUACGAUAUGAGGACUGUAUUAUUGUUGUUUAUCUUGAAGUUACUCGAAGGCCUUAAAUCACAAAAUCAUUCAUAAUGAGGGAAAAAAUGCUUGUCACGUCAAUUUUUAUUAGCUCACCUGUCACAAAGUGAAAAAUUGAGCUUUUGUGAUCGCGUGGCGUCCGUCGUUCGUCGUCCGUCUGUGCGUAAACUUUUGCUUGUGACCACUCUAGAGGUCACAUUUUUCAUGGAAUCUUUAUGAAAGUUGGUCAGAAUGUUCAUCUUGAUGAUAUCUAGGUCAAGUUCGAAACUGGGUCACGUGCGGUCAAAAACUAGGUCAGUAGGUCUAAAAAUAGAAAAACCUUGUGACCUCUCUAGAGGCCAUAUUUUUCUUGAGAUCUUCAUGAAAAUUGGUCAGAAUGUUCACCUUGAUGAUAUCUAGGUCAAGUUCGAAACUGGGUCGCGUGGGGUCAAAAACUAGGUCAGUAGGUCUAAAAAUAGAAAAACCUUGUGACCUCUCUAGAGGCCAUAUUUCUCAAUGGAUCUUCAUGAAAAUUGGUCAGAAUGUUCACCUUGAUGAUAUCUAGGUCAAGUUUGAAACUGGGUCAUGAGGGGUCAAAAACUAGGUCAGUAGGUCUGAAAAUAGAAAAACUUUGUGACCUUUCUAGAGGCCAUAUUUUUCAUGGGAUCUUUAUGAAAAUUAGUCAGAAUGUUCACCUUGAUGAUAUCUAAGUCAAGUUCAAAACUGGGUCACGUGCGGUCAAUAACUAGGUCGAUAGAUCUAAAAAUAGAAAAACCUUGUGACCUCUCUAGAGGCCAUAUUUUUCAAGAGGUCUUCAUGAAAAUUGAUCAGAAUGUUCAUCUUGAUGAUAUCUAGGUCAAGUUUGAAACUGGGUCACAUGUGGUCAAAAACUAGGUCAGUAGGUCUAAAAAUAGAAAAACCUCGUGAUGUCUCUAGAGGCCAUAUUUCUCAAUGGAUCUUCAUGAAAAUUGGUGAGAGUGUUCAGCUUGAUGAUAUCUAGGUCAAGUUCAUAACUGGGUCGUGUGCGUUCAAAAACUAGGUCAGUAGGUCGAAAAAUAGAAAAACCUUGUGACCUCUCUAGAGGCCAUAUUUUUCAUGAUAUCUUCAUGAAAAUUGGUGAGAAUGUUCACUUGAUGAUAUCUAGGUCAAGUUCAGAAGUGCAUCACGUGCCUUCAAAAACUAGGUCAUUAGGUCAAAUAAUAGAAAAACCUUGUGAUCUCUCUAGAGGUCAUAUUUUUCAAUGGAUCUUCAUGAAAAUUGGUCAGAAUUUUUUAUCUUGAUGAUAUCUAGGUCACAUGUGCUCAAAAACUAGGUCACUAUGUCAAAUAAUAGAAAUAACGAAGUCAUACUCAGUUCAACACUGGGUCAUGUGGGGAUAGGUGAGCGAUUCAGGACCAUCAUGGUCCUCUUGUUAGUGUUCUUUGUGGAUUCACUUACUUAAUCAUUUUUGCUUAUGGGUUGGCAUAGUGCCUGCGCUCUGUAGAUUUUGUCUAUAAUUAAAGUGUUUUGUGUAGUAGGAUAUAUGUUAGAUAUUGAUGUUACUUUUUUAUGGACUUUAACGUUUAUUGAAGGCCUUGUUUCUAUGGUAAUGUUCACUGAGGCUCAAGUCACUUUUAUUGGCUGUUAGUUUGUUACAUGCUACAACUAUGUUGCAAGUGUUACAACCAUGUUACAAGUGUUACAACUAUGUUACAAGUGUUACAACUCUGUUACUAGAGUUACAACCAUGUUACAACCAUGUUACAACCAUGUUACAAGUGUUACAACUAUGUUGCAAGUGUUACAACUAUGUUACAAGUGUUACAACCAGGUUACAAGUACGUUACAAGUGUUACAACCACAUAACAAGUGUAACAAAUAUGUUACAAGUGUACAAUUAUGUUACAAGUAAGACAAUCAUGUUACAAGUACGCUGCAGGUGUUACAUGAUGGCAAUUUUAAGACAGGAUUAAAAGGAGGAGAUUUAUUGUUUACCAUUCAUAUAUAAUUUGUUAGGUUUUAAACCGGUUGCUCCAGGCAAAAAGUUAGUUGAAACAGUUUGAUUAUACAAUUUCAAUUACAAGACAGAUUUUUUGACUGUGACAAGUCACAUGCUCAGUUGAUUGCAAAUACCUCUGUGGCCAAGUGGUUUAGAUCACAGAUUUUGAAUCACUUUACCACAGUAGGUUUCAGAUCCCCCAUUGAAUGUAAAAUUAUUUCAUGUGAGGAAGCUAUUCAGCUUGCUUAUGAAAGGUUGAUAGUUCCACCAAAGUGCCAGGCCAUACCCAAAAUUAUGCCCGGAAGGUCAGAUAAGGUCUUCCUCCACCAUUCAAGCUGGAAAGUCACCAUGUGACUUCAGUCUGUGCAAGUUUCAACCAAGACACACUAAUAUUUGGUUAGAUCCAGUUACUUCUGAUAGAAAUUGUAAAUUUGUCAAUCAAUAUAAGUAGAAAUUAGCAAUAAACAUUGUUUAACUGAAAUACUUGUUUGCGGACAGUUCGUUAUAGAAGAUUGAAAGACUGUAGUUGUUUGGAGAUGGCCAUUGAUGAGCAUAUACCAGUACAAUUUGACUCCCGUUUAAUCUGUGUUCAAUAGCCUUGUGAAAAUGGGUAUUUUAUGUAAGUUGUCAUAACCUUAGCUGUUAAUGUACAAGGAGUGUUUAAAGGAUAGUUAUUUUAUUUUUCAGAGUUUGCUCAUUUUUAGCUCGACUAUCAGAGUAUAUGGAGAGCUAUCCUACUCAACCCGGUGUCGGCGUCGGGGGUCCUUCCGCGUCCCCAUCUUGGUUAAAGUUUUUUUUACACUUUCCCUUUUUUCUCCUUAUCUCUGUAAUUACUUGAUGGAUUUGUUUCAAACUUAUAAUAGUUAUUCCUCAUCAUCACCCACAUCAUAUGGCACAAGGGCCAUAACUCUCACACCAAAAUUUCAUGAAUUAUCCCCCCUUUUUACUUAGAAUUUCAGGUUAAAGUUUUGAUGCACUUUCACUCUAUCUUAAUUAUUACUGAAUGGAUUUGAUUCAAACUGAAAGAAGUUGUUCCACAUCAUCUCCCACAUCAUAUGACACAAGGUCAAUAACUCUGGUACCAAUAUUUAAUGAAUUAUCCCCCACUUUUACUUAGAAUUUCAGGUUAAAGUUUUGAUGCACUUUCACUCUAUCUCAGUUAUUACUAAAUGGAUUUGAUUCAAACUUAAAAUAGUUGUUUCACCUUAUCACCCACAUCAUAUGACACAAGUUGCAUAACUCUGGUACCAAUUUUUCAUUAAUUAUGCUCCCUUUUUGCUUAGAAUUAUUUUUAUUUAGUGUUUUGAUACACUUUAUCUUUAUCUCUCUUAAAACUUAAUAUUUUUGACAAAGACUCAAGCUAUUGUGCAAUAUCUUUAUCCACCAUCAGAGUCAUUAAACACUCCAGUGACAGCUCCAGCUUCCCCAGAUGUGCCGAGUUUCACUAUCUAGCAUCGAAAUAGUCAAGCACACUGUCUCCUGUGACAGCUCUUGUUUCAGUUUACCUUUUCUUUCUCUGUUUUAUUGCUAUAAUGUUGUCCUCAGGUGUGUUUAUAAACUGUUCCUAGUGAUACAGUAUUUAAACUUUGUGUUCAAGUAUUGAAAGAAACCUGUUAGGUCUGCAGGCUCGAUAAUAUUUUUGUGUGUGUAAAGUUUUCAGUGUUCCGGAACGAGUUUGAAAGUUUCCAUCCCAUCAUUUAGCUGUUGAAAAGCAUGUUUGUGUAAUUUUUUAUUUUUUUUAAUGUUUAUAAUACAAAACCUUGAUUAAUGGAGCUUGUCCUAUGUCGUAGAAGCUUUUACAUACAAUAUUUUGAUUGCUCAAGCUUGUGGUAUGUUGCAAAAGUGUUUACAUACAAUGCCUUGAUAAAUUGAACCUGUGAAGAUGUAAUGCCUGAAAAAUGUUGAAAAUUGUUUUUAUAUUGGAGAAAAUACACAUACUGUUUAACAGUAAGAUAUAUUGACCCAAAAAAGUUCUCCGAUACUGGUAUCUACGUUAAGACACCUGACUAUUUAAACGGAGAAGCCUGAGGUUACUGCCAUUACAGAUAUGUUAAAAUGUUUCCAGUGUCCGUUCAGGUGCUUACAUCGAGUUCUAUAUAAUAUUUUUUUUCUUUCAGAUUUUUUUUUAUUUUCCAUUCAAUUCUUAGUUGUGUACAAUCAAAAACAAAACUUGAAUUCAGAUAUAACAUGUGUUUACUUGGAUAUGUGGUCUGGUUAGCAUGUCUCUGUCAGAUAAUGUCAGGUUAUAUGUGCACUUAUACUUUUUAGCUAAGUUUUAACCUUUACCCUGCUAAACCUCUGAAAUGGACUGGUCCAUCAUUCAGUUUGGGCAGUUCCAUUUAACAUUAAGGGGUGUUCUUUGAAAAUUUACUGAAUGAAUUGCGAACAGUGCAGAGCAUGAUCAGCCUGCAUGGAUGUGUAGUCUGAUAUUGGUCGCAUUGGUCGCAAAGGUAAAACCACUUGCUGCCAGCAGGUUAAAGGUUAAAAGAGACAAAAUCAUAAACUAUACAAUCAAAAGUCUGCAGAAGUACUCAUAUAUUCCUAUAUUUAUUGAUAGGGGGGUAAAAUCUUUCCUUUUCUUUGACUUUUCAUUAGAUAAUGGCAUAUAGUGUUAUUCAAGUGUUUAAGAAAGAAAAGUAAUACAUUAAAUAAGUCUUCAUGUUUUCACAGACUACCAUAAAGUAAUAACCCUCACAGUGAAAAAUACCAAAUAUAUGUAUCACCGGUAAGAAAUUAUAAAAAAAGAAACUUUGUUUUUCAUGUAAGAUCAAAAUAACUUUCACUCAUGAACACCAUAUCUUACAUUUUCACUCCUGACUAUGCCACUCGUGAAAAUAUUGCAUCUGGUGUUGAAUCGUGAAAAAUAUUUCAAUCUUACACUGAAACAAACAAAUAUCCUCUAUAUGGUAUUACAAACCACAGCAAUAUGAUUAUUGGGUAAACCUAAUACCUCUUUCAAGACAGAUUGACUAUUUAAGGGAUGUGUCAUUGGCUCUUUUCAGGGAGGUGACAUUAAGAUGUCACAUGGGUAACAUUACAAUUUUUUAGUUGCUGAUUUGUAGGAAUUUUAAAUAGGGAAAUGCAUAAGGAAUUAAAUGUAGAAAAUUUUCAGAACAUAAGGUCAAACUUCAAAUAACUUGCCCCUCAUUAAUGCGGGUACAAGUCUUGCUUGGGUUGUAGGAAACCAUCCAGCUGGCUUACGGAAGGUCUGCCUCCAACAUCAAAAAGCUGGGGGGAAAAAACAUAUGACCUAUUACUGUGCCAGUGUGAUGUUAAAACCAAUAAGAAACACAUUUUCAGAACAUAUACAUAUGGUUGGACAAGUGUAAACAUUUAUCCCCCUUUAAGCUUAAGCAGAAAAAUAAGAUUUCAAGAUUACAGAAUGAAAGACCAUGUUUAGGCCGUAAUUAAAAAAUUGUUUGUUUGCAGUAAUGUGACCCAAAUUUUUUUAUGUAGGUAGGGAAUUUUUUUUUUUGCAUAUUAUCAUAUAGAGAAAAAAAAUUGCAUCUGACUGGCCAGAAAAAAAAGUUGGGGCGCAGUGAUUUUCACGGGUAGGUCAUGUUACCGCAAACAAAUUUUUUUUAAUGAUAGCCUUAUAUGAUUUUACUUAUUUUAAUUCAGCAGCUGAACCAGACGGAUUUGUAAAGAUUGGGGAUGGGGUAUAUUGAUUAUUGUGAUGACUGUAUCUAUGCAAAUUUUGCUAGCGUACACAUUGUGAAUUCCGUAUAUAGUGGUAUUACUCUGCCUUGAGAUUUUAUAUAGCCUUUUGGUUUAUUUUUAGUCUUUUGUGUAGUUAGGAUAUGUAGUUUUUAUGUUAAAUUGAAUACCAAUUACUGUCAUUUAGUCAGAAUAUCAUUUUUUCUUAUUAGUCAUAGCAGAUGUUCCAUCAACAGUUAAAUGUAAAAUGUCAACAGAAUGGUGUUUUGUUACAUUUCAAAUAGUUCUGCAGCAAGUUAAGUGAAGUAACCAGUACAUGUAUAUUCUCAUUUGGUUUCAAUCAUUUUUUUAGGUUGAAAACUGGGCUAAGAACCACAUUACGAAAGUGUUCUAUACCAAUUCAAAAAUUUGAAUUAGUUUCUGGAUGCCAAACAGAAUAUACCCCAGUCUCAUAGAUAUCAGUUGUGUCAGAUAUUUUGAUUAAAAGUAGUUAUUUCUGUUAAUCACGUGGUACCAUAAAUGUAAUACAUGUAUAUUUUAUUUCAGUCCCAUUUGAUUUUAUUAACAGUAAAGUACUUUUGUUAAAUACAAAUGGGACCCUCCGGCCGUGUUUAGGGUUGUAAAUUUUUGUUUGUUCAUAAAGUUGAAAUGAAACACACCUAUUGUAAUAUUCCCUGCUAUAUAUAGAUUGUCUCAAAGAAUGUAAUGUUGUAUUUUUACUGAAGGUGAAGCAGUAUUCUCUCUAUACUCAAGUUGAAGAUGCAUUGACUUGAUGUUAUCUACUGUAAAAUCAUAUAUUCUUGAGGUAUUCAUUUUAUUUUAGUUAUUUUUGUACAAGUGAAAAUCAAUAUUCUUGGAAGUACUAAUAUUGUUAUAAAAAGAGGUAUAUAUUUCACCAGCUGGCCUUGUAAAGUGAAUAUUGUUACAUUGUAUGGCAUACUUCAUUUACAACUUUAUAACUAGCAAACUGUUAGCCUCACUCAAAUAUCUGAUUUUACAGUAACCUGUCUUAAUACAUUGAUGUAUUUUUGUAAGUUAUAAUCCACUGUUGGAUAUGAUAAUCAUUGUUUAUCUCAUUUUGGUAAAAAAAAGUGUUUUUGAUACUGUAAGUUGUAUAUUUUAUGUGAAGUUUUAUUGUUAAAGAGUUUAUAUUGUCAUACUGCUAUAGCUUAUUUUUGUACACCGUGUUGCCUAAAUCUGAUGUUAAACCUUUUUGCAAAAUGUGUUAUACCUUGCACACUGUUGAUGUCUUUAUGUUGUUUGUCAAGUACUUGAAAAAAUGUUUAUUAGAAUUGCCAUAGUUAUGAAAAUUUCUGGUUACUUGAACCAAAUAUUAUGGUGUUAGCCCAAAAAGUUAAAUCCCCCAAUGAAAAAAAAAGAGAGAAAUUUCCAUUACUUUCCAUUACUUUCAUCUUUGAAUUUGAAAUCCAUGUGCAAAAGAUUUUUUUUCUCACUAAGUAUUUUAUACAAACAAAAUUUGAUGGUUUCAUAUUACUUGAAACUAUACGAACCUUUUAUUUUCCUACUACUUGAAUUUAAAUUUGAAAAAAAAAAGAGUGGAAAUUAUAUUUGUUCAAGGAAUAUUGUUACAAACAUAUGAAAAUACAGUCACAAUGCUUCAUCAGUUUACAGAAAACCAGUCAAAAUAUACACUGGGAUUUGCAACUUUAAUUUGGAGUACUACUUCUUUGUUCAUGGUGAAAUAUGCACCAUUGUAAAAUGUAUUUUAUACGGAUGCCUUAAGUUUGCUAACUAGAUGUUGAGUAUGUGAUGGCUACUUACAAAGUCAUCUUAUAAACAUAUGAUAAAUAUUGAUUUAUUUUGUAGUUACAGAAUGGUUUAAAUGAAUGACAUUUAGCUGAGCUGUUUUCCUUUAUUUGCAGAUUCUUGUGUAUAAUAUUUUAGCAUCAUUUGGCGGUUAAAAUAGCUCAGACAAGUAAACAAGGUUCUGUAGCAGCUUGAGAACAGAGAUAAAUAUCUCACCAGGCAGAAAUUGUCAGUUGUCAUUACAUGGUCUACUACCUAGAGAUAGGAUUAAUGAAUAUUGGUAAUUGAGCCAGAUCAUAUUUCUAUACAAGCUUCUUUUUGGUAUUCUAUAGUGAAAGCUUGGUACUAGACCUCUAUUUGUCCCAUCAUUGGUAUGGUUGAUAUUUAAUUGAAACUUUGAAUUAUGUGUUUUAAAGCAUCUUUUAGUGUGAAUACAGCAUAAUAGCAUAAUUGAGGAGACAAGGCAUUCCAGUGACAGAAAACUGCCUAUGAUUGUAUUUGAUAAUGACAGUUCCAAACUGCCUUGUGCAGCAGUUUCUGCCUGAGACUAUUUCAUUGAUUUUCCAUAAACUCAUUUUAACCAAGCUAAAUUUAUUUUCACCUGAACAGUGCAUGUAUAUUUCUAAAUUGCUUUUUAUUGUUAAUUCUAAUAUGACCCAAUUUAUUUUCCUAUUAAACAAAGAAGACUGAAACUGUGUUUUUAUGCAACAAAAUCACAAUUGUUAUAUCACAGAUAUUACAUCAUUAUUAAUAUCUAGGUCAUAAUGGCAAGCUAGAAAAAGAAAACCUAACAAAAUCAACAAAUAUUUUGUGGACGUUGUCAAGGAUAUAGAUAGUAGUACUUGAUAUGGUGUUUGAAUCAAAAUAAUAUAUCUCAGUGAUUUCCUCUUGAAUAAAUGCAUUGUUGUUCACAUACAUAUUAUUAUAACCCUCAUGAUAUUCCGGUAAUUCCUUCGCAUCUGAAACUCAAAACAAUGAUUUUAUUCAACAACAGUUGUCUGGGAUAUAUCAAAGAAGUAUAAAAUACACAGAAUGGCAACUGGCUGUAAUCUCGCGUGAGCUCGUGUCAGAGCGUGAUUCGGCGUUAUCUAACUAAAAACAAACAUCGGCGAGCAUGGAGUUACAAUUUGUACCUUUAAAACUACAUUUAAAAUACAUGUUAGCUUCUAAAACAAAAUUAGUUUAAUGUGAAAUGGUCUUAAGACACGAAGUACACGGGGUUUUUUUGCCAUUGAAAGAAGCAUGGUCAUACGGUGAUAAUUAUUUUACCGAUGAAUAAUUGCUUUCGCAUACAAAAUGGCGCGUGGAGAAAGCGCCACUUCCGGUAAACGAGAUCUCUUUUUUUUGUCACGGGAGGUUGGCGAGAUUUGCUCUAUAUGCCUUUCAAGUUGCCAAUCUAUUUAUUUUUAUAGCUCUUUGGAUAUAUUUAUCUCUUUACUUAUAUCACCAGUAUGUACUGCAUAUGUUUGUAAAACCAUAUUUAAGAAAUAAUUUAUAGCAGAAGAGUGUUUUAACACAAUUUAUGCAUGAUGGGCGGUUAUACGUCGGGCGUAAUAAUUUCACAAGGGCCCGGCUGAGUGAAAUUAUUUGUACGACGUAUUAUCGCCAAAGUGUAUAAACAGUGUUAAAACACGGUUUUGUUAUAAAUUAUUUCGAUUCUAAUAUGUCCUUGAUCUAAAACAGUAGACAAAAUAUAGUAGCACUUUUUCUUGGUCGCAACAAAACCUUUGGUGUCACCGCACGUUAACGCAAUGUCAUUCUAGCGUAUUAAGCGUGUUUUAACAGAGACAAGCAUUUUAGAAUAACAGAUAACUUUUUUAAGAUGUUUGCCUUAGUGAGUAGUCUGUCAAACGCAAGACCUAGUAGACUACCCGCUAGACUGAUAAUGAAGAAUUUGUCACAAACUGUCAGAUCAGAAUUUUGUAAUUUUCUAUGUUAUAGAGGAAUAGUUAAAGAUAUAUAUUUGAGCUGGCACAAAUUGGAACACAAGAUCUAAAUUUAUAAGGCAGGGACAUUCAAACAUGUUCGUUACUAUUGACAACACUUGUUUCUAACUGAACUCACUUCAGAAGGAAGGAAAAUAGCAAUUCAAAAUGUAUUUAUAUAAAGAUGGUGUUAUAAUAGUUUGCUGAAUGUAGUUUCAGUACUGUGUUGUGAUCAGUCCUGCUGAAGACAGAGUAUUAGGAGGUACAUUUACCCGAGUAUUGGUAGGUACAUUUACCUGUAAAAAUGUACCCAAUGUUAUACAGACAUCACUGUAUGCUUUGAUACUACACCGAGGAUAAUACCUACAUGUAUAAAUGUGCUACUGUUCUUCACUUUUAAAAGCUUAUAUUAUGAUCAUAUCAAAAGUAAAUUUCAUGCUAAUAUUUAAGGUAAUAAAACACAUUUACAGGGAA